AAGUGGAAGGUGGCUCAGCGGUCGUCUGAGGCGCGGCGAGUCGGAGGCGGUGAUGUGCAGCAGCAGCACCAGCAGCAGCAGCAGCAGGGCAGAUGUGGUGGUGGUGGGUGCUGGGUGUGUUGCAGGGAGCCGAGGGUGGGAUGACUGCCGUGGAGAGCGAAAGCUACGAAAGCUGGCAAGGUGACAGGGUCAAGGUUGUGCGUUGCCGUGGGUGUGGUGGUGUGGGCGUAGGCACCAGAUCGGGCAGAGAGGAUGAACCCACGGGCAGGCCCGCGCACAGCGUGCAAUUAGGUGGGUCAAGAUAUUCCGGAACCUGGAAGUGCUGAAGGAUGGAGAGGCCACGGAUGCUCCGUGUGUACUGCCGUACCGUACCGUACCGUACCGUACCCGGCUUCUUUGCAACAGAACUAACGUAACUGCCUGAGGUACCGUGCCCCGUGUCGUGCCGUUGUACGG